UUUAGUAUCUAAGAGUCUGGAAGAGACAUUGGGACUUCUGGAAGUAGUUUUUCACCUGUUCCUGUGUUACAAUAGUGGAUGUCUUUGAAUAACAUCGUCAGGAGCAAGGAACGCAGGAAAUAGUGAUGAGCACUGUACUGGGAUCGUUACUGGUGAAAUGUUCUACUGGGUUGCACAAACAAUGCCAAAUGCCUAGACUUUCUGAUCCUUUUCUUCCUUUGAUUCCUGGAUCAGGAUGCCGUUUCCUCUGCCUCUGCGUGUAGCCUGCAGCCUGCUUGCUUGGCUGUGUCUCUACGCUUGGUUCUGCCAUCGCUACAAGCACCGGAAUUACGAAUGGAGCUGCAGGCUGGUCACCUUGACCCACGGCAUCCUCGCUACCUGCCUCUCUGCUUACAUUGGCUUUAUUGAUGGUCCCUGGCCUUUAACUCAUGCAGGAUCGCCAAACACAACUCUUCAGGUGCAUGGGCUGUGCCUAAGCUUGGGCUACUUCCUCUUCGACCUCUGUUGGUGUGUGUACUUCCAGACGGAGGGUGCCCUGAUGCUGGCCCACCAUCUGGUGAGCAUCUUGGGCAUCACAGCAUCACUGGCGCUCGGCGAGUCGGCCGCUGAGGUCAACGCCGUCAUCUUUGGCAGUGAGAUCACUAACCCGCUCUUGCAGGCCCGCUGGUUCCUGAGGGAGAUGGGCUGUUACCACAGCCUCACAGGCGACCUCGUGGAUUUCUUCUUCGUGGUUCUCUUCACAGGGGUGCGGAUUGGAGUGGGGGCCUGGCUGAUGUACUGUGAACUGGCCUCUCCCAAACCCAGGUGGUACAUUAAGUUGGGUGGCGUGAUCAUGUAUGCUGUCUCCUGGGUUUUCAUGGUCAGCAUCUGUCGCUUCGCUAGGAGGAAGAGCAUGAACAAGUACCACGCUUGGAGGAGUCGUAGGAGUGAAGAGUUCUACUUGAAGACCAAUGGACAUUUGAAAAAUCACUGAGUGGAUGCUGAGCACAACCUUCCUCGAGUUCAUAAUCUGGCAAGAGGGGGAUCAUGCUUGAAAUGCCMCUGUAGGGAAAGGAGCCAACGCACAUUAGCGGUUCUGGGAGCCAAUUUUUUCUACGGCCUAACUCCAUUGAAAUCUAUGGAGCUUUGCCAUGGAUUCAUAGUAUCUGCAGUGCUUGGCCUGGCAGAGACAGGCUCUGAGUGUACAUAAAUAUAAACUAAGUGAUAUUAGUGAAAGAAGGGCUAAUUUUACAGACUAAACAGAACUAGGUCAACAGUGCAGGUGUAAAUAGCAGCGUUAGUAGUUAACUCCUUCAGCACUAGUACAGUUUUGAAGGAGAGGAGGAAAUAACACUAAGUCUUGAUGUUCAGUGUUGGGUGCAGUCUGGAGUGGCUGUGUUUAUACUCUUAGGAAGAAACAUGUUUUAGUGUUUCAUGUGAUGUGGGCAGAUGUAGCAGUUGGGAUUGCUGUCUCUUCCACCAAUUUGUUCUGUGACCUUGGUCAAGUCACUCCAACUCUGUGCCUAAUUUCCCCAUAUGUGAAUUUGGGGUGAUGGACCUGAUACAUCUGUGCUAUGCACUUUCAGACCUUUACUUGAGAGGUGCUGUUUUAAUGCAAAGUCAUGGUGGUCAUCUGCACUUUGUUUGUUAUCCCUACCUUUCUUUUGGGAGAAAUAAUUUUGGUGGUUGAGUUAGAAUGUGAUUUAAGAAAGGACAGUAUUUUAGGUAGGCCUUUAUUUGCUAGCCUUUAUAAUUGCUUUUAAUAACUUAUUAAUAAGUUAGGAUUUUCUUUUUUGGUCGUGCUCAGCAGCUCUAAUCAACGUUGGCACCUUGCAGGACUAGGUGCUUUAUGAAUACACCCAAAGACAGACACAUCUGCUGACAUCAAGUGCUUCUGUGACUUUUUCUAAUUGCUUCAUUAAUGACUGUUAAAACCUUUUCCAUACCUUCGACAUACUACCCUGAGCUCCUUGAGGGACCAGUGCUCUGAGAAGCCCCAUCAGGAUUUGCGAGUAAAUGAUUCUCUGGCUCAUAGGGCCUAGCACUAUUUGCCUGCACAAUGCUCGUUUUCUCUCUGCUGUGUUUAUCAGCCCAAAUGCAGACAUAGUGUGGAGCAAGCUUGUGACCAAAGGGCAUGUCUAGAGAUUCAGAGAAAUACUGUCUGCGAGCUGCUAGUGGAGAGUGGAGUGUUUUACUGCAGCGAUCUGCAAACAAUCUGUACUUG